CUUCCCCGAAAAUUUGUUCUUGUUCUUGUUCUUGUCAAGAGUUAAAACGACGAAGAAAGAAAAGAACAAGCCAUCCAUCGACCCGCUUUCUCCAUUGCAUCAUUCCACCAUUUCCUGAUGCGAUUCCAGCGCCUGGCCACAUUUCUCCGCACCUUCAAUCUACCCCUCCGCUCCCAUCCACCUUCAUCUUCUUCUUCCUCUUUCCGAUUAUUUCCCUUCCCUACCUCUGGCUCCCGAACCCUGCAAGCCGCCCCCGCAAUCCCCUUCCUCAGCUCCUUUUUCACAACCAGCAGCAAAUCCGAAAACCGCGCCAGCAUGUCUUACCCCGAUCAGCGCAGUGACGACGCAUGGCGCGCCGUGCUCAGUCCAGAACAAUUCCGCAUCCUCCGCGAGAAGGGCACCGAACGGCCCGGCACGGGCGAAUACGACCAGCACUUCGCGGCGCAAGGGAUCUACCACUGCGCGGGGUGCGAUGCGCCGCUGUAUAAGGCGACCCACAAGUUCAAGUCCGGGUGCGGAUGGCCCGCGUACUUUGAUUCCUUGCCGGGGGCCGUGACGAGACAUACCGACAGUUCGUUUGGGAUGCAGCGCACGGAGAUCGUGUGUAGUAACUGCGGCGGGCAUCUGGGCCAUGUGUUCAAGGGGGAAGGGUAUCCGACGCCCACGGAUGAGAGGCAUUGUGUGAAUAGUGUGAGUUUGAGGUUUGCGGAGGAUAACGAAGGGAAAUGAGUAUUCCCGCGGCGUGUGAAGGUGUUGAAGGGGGGUUUGGGGGAGUUUUGGUGGGAGCUCUUGGCUCUUCCUGUGGGUAGCGGGUUUGAAAAAUGUCUUCGGCAAGGAUCUAUAUUUUUUCUUGGAUGUUCUGACACUACUGCAGUUGUAUGAUGCUGUUCUGGCAAUAUAUCGCAAAUGUGUACAACUUAAUCAGGCUUGUGUGCUGUACAAACAAAUAAAUCCGAAUGGUCCACCCUUUACCAGGCUAGACUACCAGCUGCUCCGGCGAGACCACAGU